AUGGGUCCUUCCCAACCAGAGAGCGAGUUCAACUACGCUCGCCAGAUCAAAUACUGGCGGAGAAAUCUGAAGACCUACCUUCCCCAUUAUUACACCAGCAAUGACGCCAGCCGAAUGACCCUGGCCCUGUUCACCGUCUCUGCACUCGACAUAUUGGGAGAUCUAGACGGAGCUUUGUCGGCAGAAGAACGCCAAGGCCACAUCGAUUGGGUGUAUAGCUGCCAGCUGCCCGACGGAGGCUUUCGACCCUGGCCAGGAUCGGCCUUUGGGAGGAGGAGCAACGACGAGAACAAGAUCUGGGAUCCGGCGCAUGUGCCGGGCACUUUCUUCGCGCUGCUCACUCUUGUAGUCUUGGGAGACAAUCUGGAGAAGGUGAAGAGGAGGGAAAUCCUGCAAUGGUUGCUCAAAAUGCAAAGGUCCGAGGGUGGCUUCGGCGAAGCAUUGGGAGCAGAUGAUUUCGUACAUGGCGGAAACGACUCGAGGUUUGGCUACAUGGCUACAGCAAUCCGCUGGAUACUCCGUGGUGAUCUGGAGGGGCCGUACGACGGAGUGCCGGACAUCAGAGUCGACGACUUUGUGACCUGCGUGCGCGAAGCUGAGUCCUACGAUGGGGGCAUAUCAGAAGCGCCAUAUCACGAGGCCCAUGCUGGGUUCACAAGCUGUGCCAUCGCUGCUCUGUCGUUUGUCGAUCGUCUGCCGCAGCCACCUGGCCAAGUUCCUGACGGUCGUUUACGUGGAGUCUCGAAUCUCAACAACACGCUGCACUGGCUGGCUUCCAGGCAAACCGCAACACUCGAGGAUGACGACGGUACUGACACUUUCGACGACGAAACCGAUACCGCCAACACGUGCCAUGAUGCUCACUCGUUCGUCAAAGUCAGUGCCUACCCAACCGUCUCGAUGGAUCUCACAGUGGGCUCGCAACCAAAGGUACCCUUCGAUCUCGCAUGGGUGGGGAUGAACGGACGCUGCAACAAGAUUGCAGAUACCUGCUACGCAUACUGGGUGUCGGCGCCUCUUCAGAUCCUUGGCCGUAUGGACAUAAUCUCGCCCAAGCCAGUUCGCAAAUACCUUCUCGACAAGACGCAGCAUGCACUUGGAGGGUUUGGCAAAGUCGUGGGUGACCCACCGGAUAUGUACCAUUCCUUCCUGGGCAUGAUGGUGCUGGCGAUGCUUGGAGAGCCAGGCUUGCAAAACGUGGACGCGGCGCUAUGUAUUACAGAUAGGGCGAAACGGCAUCUGGAGUCACUGCCGUGGAGAAUCAAGGCAUUGGCGUCAAAGGGCAGUGGUACGGGUAGAGAAGGCAGUGUCACGCAAGUUGCGGCGGACAGGACGCAGAUAGAUUCAUAG